AUUGCUUUUCGCUGUUCGCUCUCGCUGUCAAAAACAAACGAGUCAUCCACAAUCAUGGCUGCUGUGCUUAUAGGCGAAAAUCAAGAACCCGGCUUUUCCUUCGAGAACUGCAGAAGAAAUGCAGUUUUGGCACAGAAGGGCCACCCUCUGCCAAAGGCAACCAAGACUGGAACCACCAUCGUCGGCAUAAUCUACAAGGAUGGAGUCAUUCUUGGUGCCGACACCAGGGCCACUGAGGACACAAUUGUGUCGGACAAGAACUGCGCCAAAAUUCACUAUCUGGCCAAGAACAUGUAUUGCUGCGGUGCUGGAACUGCUGCGGACACUGAGGUGACCACCCAGAUGAUUUCCUCGCAGCUCGAGCUGCACCGGCUGAACACCAACCGUGACAUUGUGCCAGUGGUGACUGCUUGCAAGUUCUUGAAGCAGAUGCUUUUCCGCUACCAAGGCUACAUCGGAGCUGCUCUUGUGCUUGGUGGCGUCGACAACACUGGCCCUCACCUCUACUCGAUCCACCCCCACGGCUCCUCUGACAAGCUGCCCUACACCACCAUGGGAUCUGGCUCACUCGCAGCCAUGGCUGUCUUUGAGGCUGGAUGGAAGGCAGACUUGACUGAGGAGGAAGGCAAGCUCUUGGUGAGGAACGCAAUUGCUGCUGGAAUUUUCAACGACCUGGGCUCAGGCAGCAACAUUGACUUGUGUGUGAUUCGUCGAGGUUCAGUUGACUAUCUGCGGCCUUAUGACCAGGCCAAUCUCAAGGGACAGAAACAACUUUCGUAUCGCUACAAAAAGGGAACCACAGCUGUUCUUGAGGCCAAGACUAUUCCCAUCGUAAUUGAAGAUGUUAUCGUCCAGCACACCAGUGAGACGGUCGAGUCAAUGGACACAUCUGGAUAAAGCAAGGCUUUUGUUUUUUCAAAAAAAUUAAUUUUAAUUUGGUGCAGGUUAAUUUUUUGCACCUGUCAGCUUAAUAAAAGUAUAAAACAUAAUUUCUUUGUAUCUCAAAAUAAAAUCCAUCAGCGUUCAA